CGAAAUGGCCUCGAGCGGAGGCAGUUGGAGUAUACUAUGCACACUCGGAAUAUUCAUGUUAGUGAUUGGGUGCUGUGUCAGCGAACAUCAACCAGCCAAUGCAAACCUCUGUCAACCACGCUGCUGGAGCAGUGAACGGGACGAACGUCCACGUUGGCCAGCAAGCGCUAGCAUCAAUCAGUACUGGGAAUGUCUGGUCGACGGCGGUGAGUGGUAUGCACAGCUUCGCACCUGUCCCCUCGACGGGAUGUGGUUUGAUGCGGAUAGUCAGCAAUGUGCAUCCACCAGCAGUAACGAACCAUUAAGCGAAGGUGUUGUGUCGUGUGGAAGUCGCUACCACACCGGUGGGCAACAGUUCGCCGAUGGUAAUGAGUUGUGCCCGGAACCAAGCUGUGCCACGCAGAUAUUCAUCGAAACACUGUGGGGCUAUCCGGAUCCGGCAUAUUUCCUACAGUGUCGUCCAGUGCCCGACGGUACCUGGCGACUUCAGCUGAUGCCAUGUGCACCGGGUACUUGGUUCCAUUUUGUGCAUCAAGUGUGUGUUAUCCCGGAGCUUUGGGAAGCGUGCGACGGUACCGAGGGUAGUGGGCCAACAACGACACCGGUGAUAACAACGCCAGAGGUGACCACUCCUGAACUAACGACUCCGGAGAUAACGACACCCGAAGUCACCACACCAGAAUUGACCACUCCAGAGAUAACGACACCCGAAGUCACCACACCAGAAUUGACCACUCCAGAGAUAACGACACCUGAAAUCACCACACCAGAGGUAACGACCCCGGAAAUUACAACACCGGAAAUCACCACACCGGAGAUUACAACGCCGGAAAUCACCACACCGGAGAUUACAACGCCGGAAAUCACCACACCGGAGCUAACGACAGUCGAGGUGACUACCGAGGAGGUAACGACGGUUCCAACGCCGGAUAUAGGAACGGAUGACGAUGUAGUUGUUCCGCUGGAUCCUUGCAGUGGGCCACGAUGUACGACGUACGAGGAAAUCAACACACUCUGGGUUCAUCCAGUGCCUAGCAUGUUCUACCAGUGUCGACCAUUCAUGUCUGGUUGGUCACCGCAGGAGAUGCCAUGCGCUCCGGGUACGCUGUUCAGCUUCUUCCAUCAGGUUUGCGUACACCCGCAGGAUUGGAUUGAUCCUUGCGGUUUAACCACCCCCGGUACCCCUGCAACACCCACACCUACGCCAACGGCGGAGCCACCAAUAACGACCACGGUUGUGCCUCCGGUAACACCCACAGCAGAGCCACCGAUAACGACCACGGUAGCACCUCCUGUAACGACCACGCUCGAUCCCGGACAGCCGCCAUCCUUUAUCGAUUGUCUCGUACCGAACUGUGUGCUGUUGCAAGAUGAGGUGAUCCGUCUACCGUCGUAUGAUGGGCCGCAAUAUUUCUACCGGUGUAUCUUCCUGCUGCAAACGGUAUGGGUCCCGUUCCAGGACGUCUGUCCGGCUGGGCAGUACUUCCACUUCGUGGUACAAGGCUGCGUAGAUCCGUCCGAAUGGAUCGAUGUGUGCCCAUCGGACCCGAUCUCGACCACACAGCUUACGACGGUGUCGCCAACACCGACGGAGGAACCACCGUCAACACCCCUACCGGUCGUGUGUGGUUCGCCUCGCUGUACCACACCGUCCGAACGUAGCAUCCUGUGGCCUAGCACGGUUGCAGACAUGUACUAUCGUUGCGAAUGGAUCGAGCGACUCUUCCAGUACGUCCCAGUACCGGUACGGUGCUCGGGUUUCUACUUCUUCGACUUCUUGGAGCAGCAGUGUGUUAAUCCUCUAGACUGGGUGGACAUAUGCCCAAUGUUCCCGACCCUACCACCACCAAUCUGUCCAGACUGUUGCCCGACCUGUCCACCGGCUUCGGAUGCACCAGACGAUGACAACAUACCGCUGCCAAUUAUUUGUGGCUCACCACGAUGCGUUACCGAUCAGGAGCGUAAUUUCCUGUGGCCCGCACAAACCCCGAACGAGUACUAUCGGUGCGUGGACAAUGGCGAAGGUUGGAUACAAGCAACAUUGGUACAGUGCCCCGCCGGACUUCUCUUUCAGACGUUCGAACAGCAGUGUGUACCGGCAAGCGAGCACGACAACACCGUGUGUCCAGUGUAUCCACCACCACCCAGUGCGACACCGACCGACCAACCCGACCCAGACACCUGCCUGGAGGAGUUUGAUGCCGUCCCAAUCUAUCCGAUCUUUUGCGAUGCGGCGCGCUGCGAUACGGAUGCAGAGCGGGCCGCAUUAUGGCCACUGAACGAUCCUGCGCGAUACUUCUCUUGCGAGUUCCAGGCCGCAUCCGGCCGGUACGAACCCGUACUGAACGAGUGUCCGCCCGGGCAGAGCUUUGACUUUUUCGCACAGUGUUGUGGAUUGGCACCGCCAAUCAAUGUGUGCCCGAUUUAUCCACCGAUGAACACACCGCCAUCUCCCGACCAGCCCGUUUGCCUGACGGAUGCAUUUGAUCCGAGCGAGCUGAUACCGAUUGAGUGUGAUGUGCCACGGUGCGUUACCGAGCUUGCGCGUAGUACCCUUUGGCCAUCGAGCACGCCGUAUCAGUACUACCAGUGCAUCGAGCAGCUGCCCGGACUGUACGAACCGAUCAUGCAAACGUGCGAAUUUCCGACCAGCUUCAACUUUUUCCUACAGUGUUGCACGGAGGAGUUGCAACCCGUGGACGUGUGUGGGGUGCUGAUGGAAGCGCUACCCGAUCCGACCACCCUACCGUUGCCGAUCGUGUGCGAUCAGCCACGGUGUGGUACGGAGCAGGAGCGUAGCUUUAUCUGGCCCGCUGCGGAUAGGAAGCUGCUGUACCUGUGCGAACCGGACGCACCGGUUGCUGGCAGUACUGCGAUCACUUUCUCUGCCCGCAUGUACACCUGUGCGGACGGUAAGGCAUUCCACGCGUGGCGUCAGGACUGCGUGCCGGAGAGCGAAUGUCGUCUAAAUGUGUGCCCGUUCUACAACGGCACUGGUACCACCGGAGUGCGUACGACGACGGCGGCGGCAACGACACCGGGGAUGGUUGGACCCAUACUAACACCGCCCAACUUUGGCUAA